ACACACGUAUAUGCAUACUUCCUCUUUGGAUCUUGGAUCCCAAAAUACACUCUAAUCUCUCCCCCAUUCAUUCUCUCUUUCUCACUCACUCUCUCUGCCCCCAUCCAAUUUAUCGUCUCCAAUCUAUCCCCUUUUUGUUGGAAUUAGGGUUAGGGUUAUACCCCGGCGACGCUCCUUGUUGGUUCUGCUUCCUCCGUGCUGCAUUUCCCCGGGAACUGGAGUGGCUAUAGAAGCAAAAAUCAGGUCUUCUGAGGAGGAAGAAGAUCUGAGGCCUUCAGAAUGAGCGCUUCUAGGUUCAUCAAGUGCGUCACAGUCGGUGAUGGCGCUGUUGGCAAGACCUGCCUCCUUAUUUCAUACACCAGCAACACUUUCCCCACGGAUUAUGUUCCAACUGUAUUCGACAAUUUCAGUGCCAAUGUGGUUGUCAAUGGGAGUACCGUUAACCUUGGUUUGUGGGAUACUGCUGGCCAGGAGGAUUAUAAUAGACUAAGACCUCUGAGUUACCGUGGAGCUGAUGUUUUCAUUUUGGCAUUUUCUCUCAUUAGUAAAGCCAGCUAUGAGAAUGUUUCCAAAAAGUGGAUUCCUGAGUUGACACAUUAUGCUCCUGGUGUCCCAAUAGUCCUUGUUGGAACUAAACUUGAUCUUCGGGAUGAUAAGCAGUUCUUUGUUGACCAUCCUGGUGCUGUGCCAAUUACCACUGCUCAGGGAGAGGAGCUCAAGAAAACAAUUGCUGCACCUGCCUACAUUGAAUGCAGUUCAAAAACACAAGAGAAUGUUAAAGGAGUGUUUGAUGCUGCGAUUAAAGUUGUGCUCGCGCCACCCAAGGCGAAGAAAAAGAAGGCCAAGACUCAGAAGUCUUGCUCGAUUUUGUGAUCAGCAUUAGGGCUGUGGAUACCAUCACACUUACCACUACUCUCCUCUUCUGUAUCCCUCAUUUCCCGCCUUCUCCUCUUUCCUAUGUCUCAGAGGAAAGAGGAAGAGGGUUCUAAUGUCAGGUGGCUGGGCUCUUGUCUCUUUGCUGUGGCCUCCAGCAACUUUGUAGGCCACUCUCUUGUGCCCUCCUCCUCUCCCUUUUGAUUUGCUUUCUGUAAUGAAUGAAACAAUUUAGGGAAACAAAUCUGCACAGUGAUGUUGCUUUUGUUUUUGUCAAUUUAUUCAAAAACCCCCUUCUCUAUUUUCCAUUGCA